CUGGAAUUGUGUAAUCUUUGACUUCUGACAUUGAAAACCUUCCAUUCCGGUGGUAUUAAGAUAAUUCGCUUUAAUUAAUUUCUGCUACAUCAUUACCGGCGCUUGUUUUUGAACGGUCUUGUCUCAACUACUUUGCAGAAUGCCUACUAAAGCUGUGUGUGUUUUAAAUGGUGAAGUUGUAAAGGGAACCCUUUGGUUCGACCAAGCGAGCGGCAAAGAUCCAGUGGUCGUCACAGGCGAAAUCAGCGGUUUAGGUAAAGGCCUUCACGGUUUCCACAUUCACGAAUUUGGUGAUAAUACCAAUGGAUGCAUCUCCGCCGGUGCCCAUUUCAAUCCCGAGGGUAAAGAUCAUGGUGCUCCCAACGCUUCAGUUCGCCAUGUCGGCGAUUUGGGAAAUGUGGAAGCUGGAAAUGAUGGAAUUGCAAAGGUAAAAAUUUCCGAUAAGGCGAUUUCAUUGGAAGGUGCCAACUGCAUUAUUGGUCGUACUUUAGUAGUACACGCCGAUCCCGAUGAUCUUGGAGUUACUACUCAUGAAUUAAGCAAAACUACUGGUAAUGCCGGCGCAAGGGUAGCAUGUGGUGUUAUUGGAAUUGCCAAGUUGUAAUCAUUCCCAAAUAUGUUAUUUUGUUAGAAUGUUUAAAAGAUUAAGACCAAAUAAAAAAGCUAAUCUUGAA